CGGUUUUCCGCAGAGAACACAGUUUCCCACCCCCCUGGGUCAGUUUUCUGGCAAUGUACCGCUUGUAGUGCGACGAAAUUCUACGGCACACAAUCCCACAGGCGAGCUCUAGACUCGCCACAUGAUUGUUGCCCUUCCGUAGGACGAUAGCCGCAAGCUCGAAGCCUUGGCUGCGCAGAAGAUCAUCUAGUUGACUCUCGUAGGAGGGCUCCUCCAUCUGAAUGUUUCGAACACUGGCAGACAGUACAGCACACACACGUCAGGGGGACCAGAUCUCAGGCAAAGCGAGACCCUUUGUGCCAUCACCUGUUCCUUGUGUUGGUUGGUUGGUUGGUUAUUGCGUGUGUGCGCUGACAGCGAAGGGGAACUUGAAGCCUGACAGAUGAAAGUGGCCCCCACUUCGAGCUCGCAAUCGUCCAGGCAGGGGAAAUGGAGAGCGGCGACUUCGGACGCUCCUUCGAGGAGUCUAUAGAGCGGUUUGCGACCUACGAGGACUAUCUGGACGCUCAAAUCACCGACACAGACCGGUUCUAUCUCGAGGACGAUGAGUUGGCCCGCCAGCUGGUGGAGAUCGGAUGCCGCAAGGGGGAAGUGCUCAGCAGGGAGGAGUUCGCCGCCAGGAGGGAGGCGGCCGAGCAGUCCAAGCGGGCCAAGCUCCAGAACGCCCCGAAGGUGCUCGCGAGUGCGGGGCGGGACCUCUCGCAGUACCCCUUUCUCCGCCACUUGGCCGCGAGGGAGGAGCUGGUCCGCAACGGUCGGCUGUCGACCAUUAUUUUCAUCCGCGACCGCAACCAGAAGGGGCAGGAGAUCAGCGGCUACGUUGACUACGGCUUCCGUCUCAAAACCGAGAACUUCGAGCCGUACUUCGACAGGAAGAGGCGGCUGCUGCCACGGCCCACCGAUCUGUCUUUCUUCAACUGGGACACGCACCACAGCACGGCCAACGACUCGCCAAACUUCCAGAUCAUCCCUGACCACGAUCUGGGGCUGCUGUUCAAGAACAAGAGGGACAGGAAGGUCAUCAAUGUCGACCCCAAUGCGGAGCCGGGCGACAACUCGAGAAGGCAUGAGCUGAAGACGCAUGAGUAUCUGCAGGUGGUCAUCUACGACCAUAUGACCAGAAAGAAGGCGUAGAGUGGGAGGGAGGGAGACAUGAGUUGGUGUGGCUGGGGUGGGGGUCUUUGUAUGGCGAGUGGGGGUGAGACAUGGACCCACCGUUCAUGUGGGUGUCAGUGGGUGGAUGGAUGGGAAUAUGUAUAGCUUCCGUUCCGUGCGGUGAGAAAACACACAUACAUGGGUGG